CCUCCCCUGCUCGACGAGCUGGACUUCCAUCCAUAGAUAUAUGUCCAGCUCGAGUUUCACUAUGCUGGUUCCAUUCAUAUUCCUAGUGUUUUGCUAAUAGCUUGGCAGAAUCGCCUGAGGUUAAUGACCGGCUCAACAUAUCUCAACAUGAGUUAUAUGACGGUAGGAGAUUUCGACGAAGACCAAGUUAAAGGUUUCAACAAAAUAAACAAGUCAGGGAGUAAUCAUUUAACUUUGGUAAGUGGUAACUAAAAGGUCAAGGAACCAACUGGAAAAGUAUAAUUGAAAGCAUAUUGAUUGAUUGGUAGUUGUGAACUUGGGGUUUGGAAUGGUAUUUGGUUGUUUUGUACUUUGUAAUCGUUCCUAAACAUGCAUUUGAACGAUUAUGUAGUUGAUUCUAAAAUGUUGCACUUUGUUGAUUGUUAUAUUACUUAUGCUUAUUUAGUAUAUUCAAGUUUGCAAUCCGGUAUUUUCCGGUUUAUUCCGAUAUACUCGGAAACGGUAUCCUGAAACUGUCGGUACGGUUUAUUAACAAAACAACAUUUUUUUAUUCCAAAAACAAUAUCUUACCGGUACAUAAAGGUUGAACCACGGUCGUACCACAAAAUAUCCUACCACAGACAAACGCGGUAUGACUUCCAGUAUGGUUUCCUGAACCAUGGUGUUAAGGGAUAAAAAGGCAGAGAGCUUUCAUUUCACAUUGCAGCUUCACAACUCUCAACUCUCGAGUAGUAUUAAGUUGUUAUCCCUAGCAAAUGAUUUUGAUUCUCAAAGAUGAAACAAAAGCUGUACACACUUCUGAGGAGAAAGAAGAAAGAACAUCAUUAGCUCUCAUCUAUAAAUUACCAAUUGCACUCACAGAAAAGAUGUUUGAGUGGUAGAAUUUUUGGAAUACAUGUAUACAUGAUUUGUGUAGUCUCGACUAGUCGUUGACAGUACUUAAGAAAAUGAUUUAAAUGCAUCAAGCAGGAUAUGUUGGUUAAUUUGUAAAUAGUACAAUCAUUUAUAUUUUCAGUGGCUACCAAAGUUUGACCGUUUGUACAUUCAACAAUUGAAAUAUUUGUAUUCUAAAUGUAAUAUUUUAGGUUUGGCAAAGUAUUUCAUCCCGAAAUUUCAAGUAAAAAGGAUUCAGUGAAUGAAUUGAAACAACUUUCCCACUAAAGAUUUACAAAACAUAUAGAAAUAGUUAUCAGCGAUGAUAUCAACAAAUUCCUUAUGAUUAAUUUUCAUGGCACAAUUCAUGAAAUGAUCAUCGAUCCUUUUUUUCUGCAGGAGUUACAAUUUUGACACGAAUUUUCCAACUCUGGUUGGGAUUUUUUGUAGGAAAGCUGUGUAACAGGAUGAAAUGUGCAACAACAACAACUAACUGAUUAAAGCCCUACUACCCCUGCUCUCAUAAAUUGAAUUUCCUUUUUGAAAACCUUUUGAUUGGCUGGGUGACUAACUAGUUGGAACUUGGAAUUUGGAAACCAAAGUAUCACUAGAAAGUGACUUGAGACUUCACAACAUGUAUGUAGAGUAAAUAUCCUUUUCAUCUUUUUAGCAGAAUUAGGAGAAGAUUAUUUAGGUCAAUGUAAUUGCAAAGUCACUUUUAAAUGUGAUGUCUAUUGCCCAAGGUUGUUAACCCGGAUUGGCCCGUCGGCUCGGCCAGAGAACUGGGUGGUGGGUUGAUGGGUCAACCGGGGUUUGACACGUUUAACCCGUUUUUACAAAGAAAACGUUGUUUUAAGUUACUUAAAAAAUCGGGGGACCAAAUAAGCAAUUAUUAUAUGGUUUGUUUUGUUAAUAAACUUGAAUUAUGGGAUCAAGACUGUAAUUUCACGAAUAAGAGAUAAUAAUAAUAAAAAAGUUCCCUCACCUUUACCUCUCGCCGCCUAGGGUUGCAGUGCAGAUAUCUAAAUAUCCCAAUCACUUUCUCUUUCUUUUUCUUUCAUAGACGUUAGUCUUUAUUCCCUUUUCUCCUCUCCUUCCAAACGAUGCUCCGAAGAAGCAGGAUGACCGUGGCUAGAGGCGGCAAGGCAGUGGCCGACUUGUGGUGUGGUUAUGAUGUUAACGACGACGGGGCGCCAGAUAGGCAAAGCCGACGCAGUGACGAGGAGCAAUCGGCAAUCUGGUUCAAACGAGGGUGGUGUGGCGGUCGUGGAGAUUUCCAACCCGAAACCCAUGCUGAUGGUUUAACCGCCCGGGUUUGUGGGGUUUUGACCGGGCCAAGGCAGGUUUGACUUAAACGGGUCAACUCUUCAACGGGUGCUAGGAACCCGUUUUUUCCACCGGGUCUGAGUUAACUCGGGUUGACUCGUGGGUCGAUCCGCGGGUUAAUAACCUUGCUAUUUCCCCUCGACAUUUCCGCAAUCACGCUGAUGUUAAUUUCAUUAUACAUAUAUUAAAUUAAUUUAUUUGCAAUUACGGUUGGUGGAUUCAACUAAUUUUUAAUAAAAAGAAAAACAAAAGUAAAUAAAUGGUUGCAAAAAAAAAUUAUUAUUAUUUUUAAAAAAUAAUUGUAUAUUCAAUUUCAUCAUAUGCAAACUAGCAUUUUAUGAUCGAAACAACCAAAAUCAAAAGAAGACAGUGAUGAACAUAACAUGUAGGGGUAGCGUCCGGUCGGUUUCGAUUUAACCGAAAACCAAAAACUCGAUUAUCGGUUAAACCAACACACCACACAUGGCUAACGACCACCGACCGUGAGAGAGACAUGGCUAACCGACCACCGACCGGUCGACUAUCGAUUUUUUAUUCGGUUAGUCAUGGUAACCAGACUUAUGGCUGUCGCUUGUUGGUUUGGAUUUUUGAAUUGGGGAUGAGACGGCAGAGGCAGGGCUAGCGAGGUCGUGUGGCGCCGCGCGACAGUGAGGUUUAUUGAGCCCAGCGAUGCCUCUGAGCACCGACGACUUAGAGGAGAGGAGGCGAAGUCGAUGCAGAGGGGCGAAGGCGAGGCAGAGCAAGCGAUGGCUCGGGGUUAGGGGCUAUGGCGCGCGGCGGGGGAAAAGAAGAGGAAAGUGGAGGAGGGGGGUCACCGGAGGGUCGGCCUCUGUUUUGUCUCUGGUCGGCGCGGCACGGAAAAGAAGAGGAAGGGGGAGUAGCGGGGUCGCCGGAGGGAACUGAGGGUCGGAGUUUCAGGGGUGAGCGGAGGGCGUCCCUAUUUUCUAUGUGACCGGGGAAGAAAAGAAGGGGGCGAGCGAGGAAAAUCAGUCUAUGACCUUCGACUUUUUUGCUUAUGUAUAUCGAUGUGUGUAGUUCGUUUGCUCGUACAAAUUACAUUUGACACUAACAAAAACAGUCCUAAAUCAUGAUAACAAGGACCCAUAACUUCAUAACAUAACAACUUAACACACUAACAGAAAAUACAAUAAAACACACCUCAUAAUUGUUCACACAUACCUAAAAUUGACAACCACGUAAUAUCAUUCGCAAAGCAGUCAAAAUCGGGAUUUUACGUAAAAUCAAAAAUGGGGGGUAAAAUCGGAAUCGUAAAAUCGUAGGAUUUUAAGCACCAUAUAAAAAUGAAGACGAAAUAACAUU